GCGUUGGGUUGCGCAGCUGAGGGGAGAUGGGCAAACUCGGUGCGUUGGGCAAGCUGGGGUUUUCGCCUCGAAAGCCAGCAGCGGCGUCUGCCCAGCCGUCCAUCCUUGGGUUUGUCACUCGCACAGCCGCAUCAACAAGCAGCAACAGCAACAGCAGCAGCUCGAGUGCACCCAAGCCGUCCGCUGCAGCUCGCCAAGCCGCCGAAGCGAGCGAUCGAUUGGCAGCGUUUCAGCGUGACAACAUUGCACAGACACCGCCGCAUGCUCCAGGCCGAUCCAAGCGACCAGCGAAUGACAGCGAACCCGAUCCGCCUACCAGCCUCAACUCAGAUGCAUCACACGCAAGUCCGAACAGGGGCGAGCAGACGGGCAAGAGCCGCACUCGAGCGACGACUCGUACAGCCGAUUCCUCCACCAACCAGGACGACGAGGAUGCACAUGCAAUUGUUUCUACGCGGAAGCGUCGGCGUGUCCAAGUAGAUUCGGAUGACGACGAGAACGAUGGCUCUGAUGCCGAAUUUGCCAAACCCGAGUCGUCGUCGUCAUCGGAGUCGUCAGAGGAUGAAGAAGAACAUGAAUCGGACGACGCAAGCCAUGCGAAAUCAUCACGCCGCAACACGAAACCAGCAAAGUCCAAGCCGACUGCAGCACUCGCGAGCGUUGCCAAAGUUCUGUCUGCAUUCAACGCACCCCACGCGUCGGCAGCAGCAAGCGGCUCUGGUGGCACCCAACGCUCCAAAAAGUUUGCCGAAUUUCGCGUGCGCAUGGACGCUGAGCUGGAAGAGCGAGCGGAAGCUGCUGCCAGCACCUCAGCCGCCACAUCGACCUCUGCCAAGCUAUGCACGCCUGCAGCUGGUAUUGCCGUUGACGAAGCUCGACGCCUCUUCCGUCUCAAGAUUGCAGCUCUCACACCGAAAGCGGCUGCCGGUAACAAAAAGGCCAAAUCACCCUUCACCCAACUCGAGCAACAAUACAUUGAUGUCAAGGUCCAGCAUCCUGAUGCUGUUCUGUUUGUCGAAUGCGGGUACAAGUUUCGCUUCUUUGGAGACGAUGCUGAGAUUGCGGCAAAGGAGCUCAGCAUUGGCUGCUUUCCGAGCCACAACUUUAUGACGGCGAGUAUUCCCACCCAUCGACUUCCAGUGCAUGUUAAACGUCUGGUGAAUCUCGGAUACAAGGUGGGCGUUGUGCGGCAGACGGAAACCGCCGCGCUGAAAGCCGCGGGUGACAACAAGUCGGCCCCGUUCGAUCGCAAGCUAACUGGACUCUACACGCGCGCUACCUUGAUUGGAGACGACAUCGAGGCUGAGAACGACUCGGCUGAAGACGAGACGGGGAGCUCGCACUAUUUAAUGAGCAUCUUUGAGCUAGUUGCCGCCGACAACUCUGCACUGGCCGCUGCAGAGCGUCAUUCGAGUCCACUCACGCCCGCCACUAGGAUUGCGAUUGUUGCUGUUCGUCCCUCCACUGGUGACAUAAUCUAUGACGAAUUCUCUGACGGCCUGACUCGCUCCGAGCUCGAAACGCGACUGGCCCACUUGCGACCAACGGAACUGAUUUUGCCAAUGCAACUUUCGACUCGCACGGAACAGUUGAUUGCUGCGCUGGCCUAUGGUGGAGGUCGAAGUGAGGCCGAAAUACGCCUUGAACGCCUCCCCGUAGCACAGUUUGAUUAUCAAAGCGCAGUGUCCGAUAUUACUCGUUUUUUUACUGCUUCGCGCACCAAAUCGGAGGCCCACCUCCGUUCCAAGUCGUCUUCUCACAGUGCGUCCGAGCACGAGUCGAGUGACGAACAUGCUACUUUGAUGGAAAUCGAUGGUCAAGCCACCUCCACAACCGAUGGCGCUGCUGCUCUCAAUCUCGUGCUCAACUUAUCGCAGGGGAUUGUUCGAUGCUUUGGGGCGCUCUUGCGCUACCUCUCCGACUUUGGACUCGACCAAGUUCUGCUGCUGACCUCCAACCUGCACCACUUCCAUCAGCGAAACCACAUGCUGCUGAAUGGGUUGACCCUUUCCAACUUGGAAGUCUUCCGUAAUGAGACCGAUGGUGGAUCGACCGGCACCUUGUUUGCACUCCUCAAUCACACUGUCACUCCUUUCGGACGGCGUCUGCUUCGGACCUGGAUUGCUCAGCCACUAUUGGAUCGAAGCGCCAUUCUGAACCGGCAAGACGCAAUCGAAGAGCUCUUGACAAGCGAAGCGCCAAUGUUCGCCAAAACAAAAAAGAUGCUACAGAGUGUCGGCGAUUUGGACAAGGGUUUGUGCCGAAUUUACUAUCAAAAGUGCUCUCCGUCGGAAUUCUUGAUGCUUUUGCACGCCUUCAACCGCAUGUCGGGCGAAUUUCGCUUUUGGUGCCCACCUGAAGGCACCGGAGAGGUGUUUUCAACGCGGCAUUCUCUUUCUCGCGUCCACGCCGUCCUGCUGAAGCAAAUCUGCGAGAGCAACAUUCAAAUCUCUGAUACCAUUGCCGAAUUUGUGACUCGCCUGGAUUCGAAAGGUGCCAAAGAAAAGCACAAGCGGUCCUUGUUUGUCCCUUCUCAAGAGCCUCGCUCCGUGACGCGUGGAAAGUUGGCCAUUGCCGAGGUUGAGGCGCAACUCCAGCAACAUUUGCGCGAGGUUCGAAAGCUGCUGGGCACGCCUUCGCUCGAGUACCUGACUGUGUUAACUGAAGAAUAUCUCAUCGAUGUCAAGAAACCCAGCCUCAAGCUUGUUCCUCGUGAUUGGCUGAAAAUGAGUGAAACCAAGGCCACUGUGCGCUUCCACUCUCCUGUUGUGGCCACCAAGCUUCGCGAGCUCAAUCAGCUUCGAGAACAACUGGAUACCGACUGCGAGCGCGCGUGGGCUGGCAUGCUUUCGGAGUUCGCCCAACAUUACGACACCUUCCGCAAGGUGGUCGACCGUCUCGCUCAACUCGAUUGCCUGUAUGCGCUCGCUGAAGUGGCCAAGCUCGACAAUUAUGUGCGUCCCGUCAUCUCCACAGAAGAUGUCGCCCUCAUUGACGUCAAGCAAGGCCGACAUCCGAUGGUGGAUGUCCUGCUUUCCGGUCAAUUUGUUCCGAACGACGUCCAUCUCCAUCAACCUUCACUGCGCUGCCGGAUUGUGACGGGCCCAAACAUGGGUGGCAAAAGUUGUUACAUUCGCCAGGUUGCACUUUUGGCGAUUCUUGCGCAAAUUGGUUCCUGGGUACCCGCCGAAUCGGCCCGAAUCGGCAUCAUCGAUGCCAUUUGCACUCGAAUGGGUGCCGCCGACCACAUUCAGCGAGGUUUCAGCACGUUCAUGGUCGAGAUGCAAGAAACAUCGCGGAUUCUCAAAGACGCAACGAAUCGCUCGCUCGUCAUUCUGGAUGAGCUCGGUCGCGGCACGAGCACGUUCGACGGUCUAGCUAUUGCUCAUGCGACCUUGGACUAUUUGAUAGCAGAGUCGAAACCCCUCACGCUUUUCGUCACGCACUACCCUGCACUCGGUGAGUUUGCAAGUACCUACCCACGACAUGUGUCCAACCACCACAUGGCAUUUGUCGACAAUGGCCAUACCGAUGAGGAGCCCGAAGACGCAAACCCUCCCAGCGAGUCAGAUGAUAUCCAGUCUAUUGCCUUCCUUUACCAACUAGCGAACGGCGUUGCUCACCGCAGCUAUGGGUUGAACGUAGCUCGGUUGGCGGGCCUUCCCCACGACGUCCUGGCCCUGGCGUCGCGCAAAUCUGCCGAGUUGGAGAAGCUCAUCAAGCAACGAAGCGCCGCAAAACCGUCAUUGUCUUGAACACGGUUGAGUUGUACGAACAAAACAAAACACACACACAGAAGCAAAAGCAA